CGCUUAGAUGAGAGCAUGAUUUCCAUAGAUGCAAAAAAUAUAUGUUUUGGGCUGCUGCUUUUUAUUUUGUCAUCUCAACGAUGCUGGUCAGCAGCUUCUCUGAGUGUAAAGUGUAUGAUUAUCAACCUUGAGUAUGUGGAGUGCACCUGGUACCCAAAGGCCUCAAAGUUUAACUAUACCUUCAGCAGUGCGUUUCUAAAUAACUCUUCAUUUAAAAACUGCCCAGAAUACAUAUUGGAGCACAGUUAUACUGUCGGCUGCAAAAUUCCUCUCAAAAGCCAAUUUGACAAAUUGUAUACAAAUAUAUCUUCCGGUACUGGAGGAAACCAGACUACUUCUCAAGUUUUUGAAUCCCUCAAUAGAUAUGUGCAGCUAAACCCACCUUAUAACGUCUCUGUGACGUGGUAUGAACAAAACAGCACACUUUUACUGCAUUGGAAGAACAGUACCUCCAUUUCUAAGUGUGUAGUCUACAUGGUGCGCUACCUGACAGACACAAACCUACAUGGAGUGCAGACACAGUACGCAAACGUGACAGAGACAUCAUUCAGUCUGCAUAUGGUCUCAAAGAAUAAGCGCUAUGUUUUCAAUGUCCGGAGCACUGUUGCUGGUGUCUGUGGCUCUUCAGAUUACUGGAGUAACUGGACUGCCCCUUUGGAGUGGGGUGGUACAGGCAACAGUAGCAGGCAAGGGUUGUUUGGUAUUUUGCCAGUCAUUCUGCUGUUCCUACUGGUGUUGUUGUUGUGCUAUUGUGAAAGGAUAAAGAUUAUUUUACUUCCAAUUGUGCCUGACCCCAGCAAGAACCUACAGGAUUUGUUUCAUAAACAUGAUGGAAAUGUUGAGAGCUGGGUUCACAUCUCCAGAGAGCUGAAGGAAGCCUUUGAGCCAGACUACACAGAGCCUUCCUGUGAUGUGUGUGAGGUAACACCCCCUUGUGAGGCCAGUCCCACACCUGUGGCCAGUACCACUUCUCAAACUGAUAUCUGCGAUGGAAUAAGCACUGAAGAACAUCCUACUGAACAGCCCGGCUAAUGGGCCAUUGUGCCAUUUACCAUUUGCCUGUAUUGUCAAUUAAAUUUUUACUGUAAACAUUUGCAUGCUAAAUUGUUUAAGUACAGUAUGUUUUCUUUUGCAUGUUUAGUAAUUAAUAUGUUUUUUGAAGCUAAAGUGUGUAAUUUAUGCACCACCAAACAGAAUUACAAAAAUAAACAUUGUUUUCGAAUAUGCCCCAUCUGCCGUUUAUCAAACAAACAGAUAGUUCUGACCCAAACUCAAUCCACUGGUUGAGUCAAUGUUGUUGUGUCGGGCUGGACGUGCCACUCAAAAUAAAACAGACAUUUUUAUAGGACAACAGAGAUGUGUGUUUAAUUACACACAUCAGCUUUAAGUAUAAGAUGGAAUGAAGAUAAAAAAGCAAGCACAAUUAUUGAAAUUUCUCAAUCAGUAUUUCACUGUAAAAAGUGGAAAUUUAAAGUUGUUACAGUGGUGUUAAAUAAUAUUUUCGUAUUGAAUCAAACCAGUUAAUUAAGAUGAUACAACAUGUUUUCUAUGUAAAACAUUUUUUUUUUCAGUGUAGAUUUUCUGUAUAUAGUUCUAAAAAAAAAUAAUAGAAGGAUAAAAAAGACAUUGAUCAAACAUGAAAG